GCUUUCGUUUCGUUAUCGCAAGGCGGUGCCUCAAAGUAUAUAUCUACUGAGCACCACUGAAAUUUGUAGGAACUUAUAACUAUUCGAACAGUAACAUACUUUUGUCACGAAAAUCAAUUAACUAUGUCAGUGAACUUGUAGAAACGUAGGACGUAAGUAUGAUAAGCAUGAGUAGUUUUGUGGCAAGGUUAGUAGGCCAGCAAUGCCGUUGACAUCCGCGCCGCGCCGAUACCGAGGUUAGGGUUCUCGGCGAUUUGGUUGCUAUCUGCAAACGCACGAGUACAAGUCCAGCCUUUAGCCCAAGUUUAGACCUACAUCAAACCGGCAGAUUAUGAGUAGUUGUGCUCGCACAUUUUUGCGGUAGUGAUCCUGCAAACGCACAGUCGUCGUCGUCCACUAUGUCAUCAAUGGACCUUGAUGGGUCGACGGACGCCGACUUGAAAAAUAACUUGAAAAAUGGUACUACCAAUAUGCCUUGUUGGUACUUUGACAAAAAAGAGCUCCGAAACUCACCAUCACUGCAAGAUGGAAUCAGUGCCGAGACAGAAAGCAGGUACCGCAAGGAAGGAGCCCGUUUUAUUAUUGAUACAGGAACAAAGAUGGAUUUAGGAUAUAACACAAUGGCCACUGGUGUAGUCUACUUUCAUAGAUUUUACAUGGCCCAUUCAUUCAAAAGUUUCCCUAGAUAUGUAACUGCUUGCUGCUGUCUCUUUCUUGCUGGAAAAGUUGAGGAAACACCAAAAAAGUGUAAAGACAUCAUUAAAAUAGCUCGUGAGAAACUUUCUGAUGAGAAGUUCCGACAGUUUGGUGAUGAUCCCAAGGAGGAGGUAAUGACAUUGGAGCGCAUUCUGCUUCAGACAAUCAAAUUUGAUCUUCAAGUUGAACAUCCCUACAGCUUCCUCCUAAAAUAUGCCAAAAGCUUAAGAGGUGAUAAGACUAAACUGCAAAAAAUGGUCCAGAUGGCUUGGACAUUUGUAAAUGACAGUCUCUGUACAACUUUGUGUCUACAAUGGGAACCCGAAGUCAUAGCAGUUGCUCUCAUGUAUCUGGCUGGAAAACUCAGCAAAUUUGAAGUAGUUGACUGGCAGGGGCGCACUCCAAAACAUUUACGAUGGUGGGAUGUCUUUGUUGAAGAUGUUACUAUGGAUUUAUUAGAAGAUAUUUGCCAUCAAGUAUUAGAUCUUUAUUCUCAACCUCAAGGGAACCAAGUGCCUGAUUCACCUCCUUAUGAAGAUGUACCUCCAGGAAGGAAAGACAGACACCAUCCUCAACCUAUUUCGCCAGCUCAGCACACCCACUCACCAGCUGGAGUUCCCCCAGUGAAACGCAAGGACAAUGAAAGUUCAUUGGACAAGCUGGACAUGUCAACAAUUAACUAUAGUAGUUACAGCUCUGCGGGACCAGCUUUUCCACCAUCAUCAUUCCCUGCUUCCUAUCCACCCACAGGAUUCUUUACUCCUUCGCAACCUCCCCCCUCACUUCCUCCUCAAAUAAUACCGCCACCAACCCUUCCUCCGCCGAACAUUCCUCCACCCUCAUUACCUCCUCCAAACCACCCCCCUCCUGUUCUUCCACCCAACCACAGCCUGCCGCCGCCCCCGCAUGGUCCCAUGGUUCACCCACCUCUCUCCAUUCCUCCCCCCCAUCUAGUUCCCCCUUCAAUGUCACAGCCACCUCCUACUCAUCUACCUCCUCCAACAAGACCACCAUAUCUUCCACCUCCUUGAUAGGUUAUGAGGUAUAUAAUAAAUGUGUAUUUAUUGUGAUUUUUUUAAAAAUUAAGUAUUUUAUUACAAUGUUACAUUGUAAGUUCAGAGUCAUUGUCAAUCAACUGUAAGUUUGUAUGUUUUGUAAUUACUGUAAUAAACUAUUGUGAUUUCAUUACAAACGA